CAGUAGGGGGCCUCCUGUUCAUCCAGAAGCUUGGAAGGCAUUGCGUCGUUCGCUGUAGGUGCAUUGGAAGGCCGGAAGCCGUAUUAGAAAUCUCGGGGAACGUACUGGACGGCGCAAUUUCACGAAAUGGAGUGGAGCCUUGACUGCAAGGUGUAUGUGGGUAACCUUGGGAGUGGGGCAGCCAAGCACGAGAUCGAGGCGGCCUUCACCAAGUUCGGCCCCUUGCGCAAUGUCUGGGUGGCCCGCAACCCUCCGGGCUUUGCUUUUGUCGAGUUCGAGGACUCUCGUGACGCUGAAGAUGCCUGCCGUGCUCUCGAUGGCAGCCGUCUUUGUGGAACAAGGGUGAGGGUGGAAAUGUCCCAUGGCCGAUCACGCCGUGGUGGAGCUAGCAGGCGCCCAGCUGCACCGCCACCUCGCUACGGAGGUUACGGAGCUAAACGGUCCAGGGCAUGCGACAUCAUCUCUAACUCUGCCCCCCGAGGGACUAAAGUGACCCAACCUACCACCACCACCACCUUUCUCCUUCGUCAACAACAACCACCGCCACACUUCUAUCUCGCUGCGCGGGAAGGGUUUGCCGCCGACGCGGCUGGCUGAGCCACCAACCCCCUCACCCCCUUGAGAGAGAGAAAACGUCGGGACGCCGCCCCUGUGCGAGCAAAUCGAGGCAGCAAUGCCAGCGCCAACAGCUUCCCAACCAACACACUUCCGCAGGGGGAUGGCAACGCAUUCGGUGGCAGACGCCUUCUUCCCUUCUCGUGCCCCCCUUCGCUCGCCACCGCUCGCCUAGCUGGCCGGUCGGCGCUCAACGCUCUUCUUUGCCACUGGCACAGGUCUCGCUCUCCUCGAAGACGUUACUCCCGAAGCCGCAGUCGUAGCCGCUCCCGCAGCUUGCGCAGGUCUACCGGAAGCCGCUCACUC